AUGCAGUUAGAGGACUUUAUGCGGUACCAGGAUCUUGUGUGCCAAGCGGCCCAACUUCCCAGAUUCGAUUGGACUGGCAGGAGAUCUUUGGAGAACAAUCGCAAUUUAGCGAAACGCAUGAUCUUUUGGUUCGGAGCGGUGAAUCUGGUAUAUCACAAUUUCGGAUGCAUUAUGUACGCUUAUUACGCUGAUAGAAGUACAAAGGAUCCCAUGGAUUACAUAGCAGAAUUGGCAUCUGUGGGCGCAAUGCUUGGAUUUACCAUUGUGGGGACUCUUAAUCUGUGGAAGCUAUGGACGCUUAAACCAAAUAUUGAGAAAUUAAUAGAUGACUUCGAGGAGCUGUUUCAGAUCACCAAACGAAGGCCAUAUCGCUCCCAUCACUAUUACGAAUCGUACACGCGUUUCAUAAGGAAUCUGCUUAUUUUCUUUACCCUCACCAUUGCCUACUACAAUGCACUACCUAUUAUUCUCAUGACCCGAGAACUGCUGACGGAGUCGCAGAAGUUGAGCUAUCGCCUGCAGAGCAGCACCUGGUAUCCCUGGCAGUUCCAGGGAUCUAUUCCUGGAUUUCUCGUGGCAGUCGUCUGUCAGGGCUUUUCGUGCCAAGUCAACUUGUGCGUCCUCAUUUUUAGCCAGUUUCUGGUUAGCUUCUUUGGCAUCCAGCUGGAAAUUCACUUCGAUGGCUUGGCCCGGCAGCUGGAGGCCAUCGAUGCAAGACAUCCCAAUGCCAAGGAUCAGAUGAAAUCUCUCAUCAGAUACCAAAAGGAAAUUUUUAAUAUGGCGGACAGGGUCAAUGAAAUCUUCAACUUUACGUUUUUCAUUAGCCUCUCGAUAUCCGUUACUUGUACGAGUUCUUUGGCCUUCUCCGUUACCAUGUUUGACUUGGGCCCCGCCCUAAAACACACGUUCGGUCUGUUAAUAUUCCUCAUAUAUAAUUUUUGCAUGUGCCGCAAUGGAACGCAUUUAAUUUUUGCGAGUGACAAAGUAUUGCCAGCUGCCUUUUAUAACAAUUGGUAUGAGGGUGAUCUGGCUUAUCGAAAGAUGCUGCUAAUCUUGAUGAUGCGUGCUACGAAGCCCUAUGUUUGGAGAACCUACAAGCUGGCACCUGUAUCGAUCACCACCUAUAUGGCAACCUUAAAGUUUUCGUAUCAAAUGUUUACCUGCGUGCGCUCCUUAAAAUAA